AUGUAUAUACAGCAGCUGGAGGCGCUGGACUUGCCGGUGACUCCAUUGAGUGGACCGUGGCAGGGGCCCGUCACGGCCAUCGCCACCAUGGGUACCUGCACGCCCAGCUACUUCAAUGCCGAGGGAGAUAUAUCCCGUGGGACACCGUGGGGAACCGGUGUGAAUGAUUUCAACCAGAUUCUGCACGACUGGCGGGCCCAGGGGGAGAUGGACGGGUUGGAGCAGCUAUCAGCUUAG